CGGGCGGGGGCUCUUGCCGGUGCGGCUCCCGCCUGCCGGCCCGGGGCCAGCCGCGCUCCCCGGAUCCGCCGAGCCGGCGAGGCGGGCACAUCCCGCGGCGCCGGGCGCUGCCUCCCUCACCGCUCCCCGCCCAGCAGCCGGCGGGGCAGAGCACCAUGCUGGAGUCCAUCUGUGUCACCGAAAAACUUCACUGGCCUAAGACAGAGCUUUCUAGGAAAUCAGUCCUGAGCCUGGAAGUACAUAAGCUGAACAUUAAUAAUGAAAACAACCUCCAGCAUCCACCUUCUGGGAUCCUUAAGGACAUUUUCACAACGGGAACCAGCAGCUACAACGUGCUGUUGCAGAGCAAGGAGGAGAAGAAGCACCACGCUCAGAAGCAGUCUGCCGCCCACCACAAGAAGCGCAGGAGGAGCCCCAAGCGCUCGCCGGGCUCCCGGGGCAGCGAGCACCGCCGGGCCAAGGCUCCGCCGCCGGGUGGGCGCUGCUGCGGCCGCCGCCCGCCGCCGCUCCCGGGCCCCGGCAGCGCCCCGCCCGCCGCCGCCCGGCCCAGAAAACACCCCAACCUCGCCAAGACAAAGCAACCCCAGCCCUCCAAAAGCCACGCCAAGGAAGGCGAUGCCGCUGGCCAAAAGCUCUGUCUGCUGACUGCCAUCAAGCCGUCCAAUGUGGAGAAGGAGAAGGUGAAGUUUUUCGGCUCGGAUUUCACGUACAAUCCUCAGUUUGAGUAUGAAAACCCUGCUCUGCCCAAUGUGUUAGCUAAGCACAGCCACGCGUCUGACAGAUUUCUUAAGCAGUCCAUUAAUAUUAUGAAGCGGACAUUGCAGAAAUAUGGAAGCUAUGAAAAAUUUGAACAGGCCACUGGAGGCAGCUUGCUGACCAAAAGUCGCAUCUGGAAUCACGUCAGGAAGUACAUGGUGAAAGAAGGCUGUCUUGGUGAGAUUGUGGUCCAUCUCACGGAGGACCUGCUGUCCCGAGCCUCCAUGACCGUGGUGAACGGCCGCCCCACUCUCACCAUCAAUGUCUCCACCGCGCGAGAGCACUGGCUGGAGGGGAUGCUGAGACACGAAAUUGGAACUCAUUACUUUCGGGGAUUUAACAACAACAGCCAGCCUUGGUGCAACCGUAAUGGACGUCGAAAGCACGGGUUAAAACCAAUCAACCCUACAGAAGAGGGGCUAGCGAGCAUUCACAGUGUCCUGUUCCGCAAAGACCCUUUUCUUUGGAGAGCUGCCCUGCUCUACUACACAGUGUACCAGGCCAGCCAAAUGUCCUUCAGCCAGCUUUUCCAGGACGUGGGGAAAUUUGUCAAGGACCCCAAUACUAGGUGGGAUUACUGCGUACGAGCCAAGAGAGGGUGGACUGACACUUCACAGCCAGGCUGUUUCAAUAAGGACCAGGUAUACUUGGACGGCAUCCUCCGAAUCCUGAGAUACAGGGAGUCCAUUGAUUUCCAUCUUCUGACAGCCCUUGGAAAGAUCUCAUAUGAGGAUGUGGAUCGCCUGAAAGGAUUAGCUGUGAUUGAGAACAUGAGGGUGCCACACUUUUUGCAAGACCACACCCGGUACAUGGAACACUUGAAAAAGAUCAUGGAAGUCAAUGAGCUUACUGAUGAGGAGCUCCAGGAUCUCAUAAAUUAACAGUAUUAGACCUCCAUUCACUUACUGUGUGAGGAUGUAAAACUGGACUUCCCAGAGCCUGCAAAAAGGGACUCAAGAGGGAUGGGAGGGAAGAGUGGCCAGAAUAUGUGGAAUUCAGAAAAAGCCCCUUUAUGUCCUUUUGCAUUGUGAUUGUAUACUGAUUAUUUUUUAAAGGGAUUGUGCAUUUUUGUAAAAUUUGACUUAGAAAUUCCUCUGCAGUGAUCUGUCCAAUCACCUACUCUGUUUUGUAUGCUUGGUAUAGUGGUCAGUGCUGUCUCUUGUAAUAUAUUACCUUUUCCCACCCAGGCUUAGAGGUGGAGGAAAGGAGACAGAGGAGAAAUCACCCCCUUAGUUCACUUUUGUUUGCCUUAUCUUUGGUCAUAGCUUUCAUGGUUCAUAGCAAUAGAACUGCUGUAGAUUAUGCUGCAUUGCUGUCUGCAUAACUUUCCCAUUUAGUCAUCAUUGCAAUGAAAACAGAAAGUUUAAAAACAGUGCACAGAAGCAGGUCUUUGUGCCACAGGGUUGAAGUCUGUAACAUUACAAAAAGUUUGUUUUUUGUUUUUUUUUUAGUGAGAGGAUUAGUGUUUAAAAAAAAAAGAAGGAAAAGGUAGGUAGUGCUGUUUUAAUGAUUGUAAGUGGGUAGCAAAGCUUUCCCCUUCAUUCCCUCAAAAAGUUACACCGUUCUACAUCUUCUAUAUGUGUAUAGUAUGUGUUUCAGGAAGCUGAAUUCUGGGAAGGGCCUCCCUCCUUUAAAGACAAGCAUAACAUGUCUAGGAAAUUCAGCACGGCAUCAUUUUGGAAGGAGGAUCGAACAAAACUGUGAUUUCAUGACCUAUGGUUCUAAAUAAAUUCAGGAACACAGGGCCACAGUCCAGCCCAGCAGGCAACACUCACUUCUUUGUUGGGUCACCUGAGCCUACAGAGGAUCAGGUCACAUUUUUGAGCAGUACCCCCAGACUACAGCGAGCUUGAGCUUGCAGAGCUCGCUUCAGAGACAAGAUGUGACUGGGGGAGAGAAGAUGACUCCCAAGUGCCCUAUUCCUGUGUUCCAACAGAAGUGCUGCACCACCCUGAAGCAACCUUACCUCUGUUUUAACUGCUGGUGCUAUAUUCAGGACCAAGGAAAGAAAGCUCCUUACAGCAAAGAGCUUUCUCUAGUCACAUGAUGAAUAACUUAGAUGAUGCAGGAGGACUUACUACAUAAACUACAUUUUCUGAUUGUGGUGUAUUAUGGAAUUGGUGAGGCAAAGUAUGUAAGUAUUCUGACAAAGGAUUUUGUUUUAGUAGACAGAAUUUUACAAGGGCAGAAACUAGUGGGAGCCUUGGACAGGGCUUCUGCCCUUUCUUACCCAGCUGCUUUUGCCCACUGGUAACAGGCCUGGCACACGAUAAGGUGAAUAGAUGGAGCCAAGGUUUCCUCCAUGCUACAUUUGCACAGACCUGAGCCACAGUAGCAAUCACCACAGCCCUCCCCUCUUAUCCUGUUCUUUAAUGUAAGAAAUGCAAUAACUCUCCCACCUUGUUUUACACCCAGGACAUUACAGUAAAAUCUUGAGAACGUAUUUUCUGAUCCAUGGGAAAAUCUGUGAGGAAAAGUUGAGAGUUGGCUAAGAGGUCUGAGGUUUAUGAGUAAUCCCAUAAAAGCAGCUGUCUUUCAGAUACUAUUGCAGGUUGGUUGCAGUGGCUGGCUGGCUGCUGCAAAAAAGAAAAUGUGUUCAACAAGCAUAAAUUUACUCAAUUUAGUUAUUUUCAAGGCAGGGACUGAGAACUGCUUGCAGCAGCCUUAAUUUUGUUGUUGUCAGUAUUGUUCAGGAGCUGAGAGCCAUUCUCUCCUCCUUCAGGCUGUCUACUUUGAUCACUGGUGACUACACCUGCCCAGCUUUGUUUUAGAGCUGUGCAGAGUAGACAAGGUGUUGCAGCAGCCUGACAGGAGCCAUUUGCAGUCAGUUCCUCACAUGUGCUCCAGGUUUUGGCUCCUUUGCCAGAAACAGCAAGAAAGCCACACAUGACUGAAGGCAAGCCAAGGAUUACAGUCAAAAGCUGCCUUUGGAGUAAACUGGGCAGAGAUCACUUGAGCUACACCGUGGAAAAAUCUGACUCACUUUGCUGACCCUGGGGUAUGCAAAAGGGACAGUCCUUUAAGAAAAACAGUUCUGAACUGAUUUUAUUCUGACUGGAAAGAUCCCUGCCUUUCUCCCAUGACUUCUGCAUAAGCAAAAUGGUUUCCUUCCUCCCCCAGUAGUAGCAUCUUAUAAUCUAAGAGCACGUGCAUAAUGUGUCAUCAAAACCAGGACGCUGUGCUAGUCACACUUUCACCACAAAAUGUCAUGCCUACAAGUGACUCUUUUACCACUCUGUAGCCCUAAACACUACUACAGGCCUUUUUGCUUUACUUGAAGACCUGCAUCACCUUUUUCGCAAAGCAGUAGGUGCCAUUAAACUUCCAUUCUUCAUUAUUCUAGAAAUAGAUUUGCCUGGUGCAAAGUCUGGAGUCUGGAAGUGGUCAGCAUCAAUAUGUAGCAAUAGGCGAAGCUGUCAGCUUCUGUUUUUGGCAUCAGACGUGUCAUUCCUCCUUUAUAAAACUGUUUCAAAUUUUGAAGUGUAGAUUUUGUAAAUUUUCCUGAAUUUUUGUUGUUCACUGUGAAGAGGCUGGUUACUGAGUUGUGAUACUGAAGUUCUGUGAUUGAGUGUGUGGACAGCAGUGGUGAGCAGCAGUGAGCUCAUGUCACUGCAGUUUCAUGGUGUCAGUGAUGUGUUGGCAGCCUUUCCUGGCUGUCUGGCAUGAUUGCUUUGUUGUGUAUCUGUGUCUUGCUAUGUUAUUCCUAUACAGAAACCUGUUUGGCAUUGGAAAAGCCUCCCCGUUUCACCAGACCAAUUUUGAAAGGCAUUUUAUACAACUUUUACAAAUAAAGACAAAAUAAUG